AUGAUUCUUUCAAGUGUGGUCAAAACUGCCAUUGCAUUAGCAAUGCUUGGCUAUAGUGCUGCUUCGCCUACUCCAUCUCUGAGUAGUGUUGCUGAUUCCCACCCUACUGUUCCUAACGAAUUGACCCUUGGUGUCAAGCAAGUGCCAAAUAUUCUCAAUGAAACUGCCGUUGAUGCUAACCAAGUUGCUAAAGGUUACUCGCUUACUAACGUCACUGCUACUCCUCGUGGUCUUACUGGGUUAUUGAACUUGAAAGGUGCUACCAAUAUUUACGGUUAUGAUUUUGACAAACUUAACUUGACUGUCACUUACCAACUGGACAACAGAUUGAACGUCCGUAUCGCUCCAGUUAACUUGACCGACGUGUACAUCUUGCCAGAACUGUUGGUUGCAUUGCCUAAAGUUGAAGGUGAUGUCAAUACAUUUGAAUUUGAAAACUCCGAUUUGAUUUUCAGUUACGACAGUGAAAAUUUCGGAUUUGAAGUCAAGAGAGCUUCUACUGCCGAAGUCUUAUUCUCCACCAAAGGUAACCCAUUGGUGUUCUCUAACCAAUUUGUUCAAUUCAAUACCACUUUACCAAAGGGCCAUCAAAUCACUGGGUUGGGUGAAUCUAUCCACGGCUCCUUGAAUGAACCAGGUACCGUCAAGACCUUAUUUGCUAAUGAUGUCGGUGAUCCAAUCGAUGGUAACAUCUAUGGUGUCCACCCAGUCUACUAUGAUCAAAGAUAUGAUACUGGAACUACUCACGGUGUUUAUUGGAGAACCUCUGCUAUUCAAGAAGUGGUUGUUGAGGACCAAUCGCUUACUUGGAGAGCCUUGUCUGGUGUUAUUGACUUAUACUUCUUUAGCGGUCCUGAUCCAAAGGAUGUCAUUCAACAAUAUGUUAAGGAAAUCGGUUUACCUGCUAUGCAACCAUACUGGGCCUUGGGUUACCAUCAAUGUCGUUGGGGUUACGACACCAUCGAUGAUGUCAAGAAUGUUGUGGAAAACUUCAAGAAGUUCAACAUCCCAUUAGAAACCAUCUGGACUGAUAUCGAUUACAUGGACACUUACAAGGAUUUCACUAAUGAUCCAUACAGAUACCCUACUGACAAGUACCAACAAUUAUUGGAAGAACUUCACUCCAACAACCAACAUUAUGUUCCUAUUUUCGAUGCUGCCAUUUAUGUUCCUAACCCAAACAAUGCCACUGACAACGCCUACACUCCAUUCCAUGCCGGUAACGAAUCCGACAUUUUCUUGAAGAACCCUGAUGGAAGUUUGUACAUUGGUGCCGUGUGGCCUGGUUACACUGCCUUCCCAGAUUUCUUGAAUAACAAGACCCAAGAAUACUGGAAUGAGCAAUUCAAGACUUGGCACGACAGAAUUCCAUUCGAUGGUAUCUGGACUGAUAUGAACGAAGUCAGUUCCUUCUGUGUUGGUUCCUGUGGUAGUGGAAGAUACUUUGACAACCCAGUCCACCCACCAUUUGCUGUUGGUGCUCCAGCAACUUCAUACCCAUUGAACUUUAAUGUUACUAAUGCUACUGAAUGGGCCUCCAUUUCCUCCGCUAUUGCUGCCACUGCAUCUACCCCAGUUCCAGAAGCCACUUCUUCUUCAUCUUCAUCCAUUGAUUCCAAGAACACUCUUGCUCCAGGUAAGGGUAACAUCAACUAUCCACCAUAUGCUAUCAACAAUGCUCAAGGUGAUCACGAUUUAGCCACCCAUGCUGUUUCUCCAAAUGCUACCCACGUUGACGGUACUGUUGAAUAUGAUAUUCACAACUUGUAUGGUUUCACCCAAGAAAAGGCCAUUUACAAUGCCUUGCUUAACAUUGCUCCAGACAAGAGACCAUUUAUUAUCGGUAGAUCCACCUUUGCCGGUGCCGGACACUAUGUUGGUCACUGGGGUGGUGACAACAGUGCUGAUUAUGACAUGAUGUACUUUUCCAUUCCACAAGCCUUUUCCAUGGGUCUUUCUGGUGUUCCAUUCUUUGGUGUUGACGUUUGUGGGUUCAAUGGUAACACUGAUAUGGAAUUGUGUUCUAGAUGGAUGCAAUUGGGUUCCUUCUUCCCAUUCUAUAGAAACCACAAUGUCCUUGGAGCCAUUUCCCAAGAACCUUAUGUCUGGGAACUGGUUACUGAAGCUGCCAAGACCAGUAUGAACAUCAGAUACUUGUUGUUGCCAUACUACUACACCUUGUUGCACGAAUCCCAUACUAGUGGUUUACCUAUCUUGAGAUCAUUCAACUGGGAAUUCCCAUACGACAAGAAGUUGAGUGGUAUUGACAAUCAAUUCUUUGUUGGUGAUGCUUUGGUGGUUACUCCAGUCUUACAACCAGGUGUUGACAAGGUCAAGGGUGUCUUCCCAGGUACUGACGAAGUCUACUACGACUUCUACACCACUGAAAAGCAAAACUUCAAGAAUGACAAGAAUGAAACUCUCGACGCUCCAUUAGGUCACAUUCCAUUACAUAUCAGAGGUGGACACAUUCUUCCAACUCAAGAACCAGGAUACACUACUACUGAAUCCAGAAAAAAUCCAUUCGGAUUGUUGGUUGCCUUGGACAAGGAUGGUAAGGCUGCUGGUAAGUUGUACCUUGACGAUGGUGAAAGUUUGAAUGUUACCGAAAGCUUGUAUGUUGAUUUCGUCGCUGGUGACAAUGAAUUGUCUGUCAGUGCCUUUGGUGACUACAAGGUCGAACAACCAUUGGCUAAUGUUACCAUCUUGGGUGUUGACAAGAAGCCAGAAGGUGUCAAGUUUGGUGAUUCCAAGGUUAAUUACAAGUACGAAAAGGGUACUGUUUACAUUACCGGUUUGGAAAAGUACACCAAGGAAGGUGCAUUUGCUGAAGAAUUUACUGUCUCUUGGUAA